AUGGACACAGGGGACUGGAGCCAGUGGCAGAGUGAAUUCCGAGGACAGAUUCGGGCAUUGCAUCAUUGGCUGAAGAGCAUGGAGAUGAGGCUGCCCCUGGAUCCUGCACUGCAAAGUGAUGGCCAGUCCAGUUCGGAUCAUGAUUCGAGUCUGGACAGAUGGAAGGGUUUUAGGAGUGCCUUAGCUUUGAAAGAUGGGUUUGGAGAUCCUGAGACAUUCCAGAAAAACUUGCAAAAAUUAAUGACAUGGGUUUGUGAGAUUGAAGAGCUCACAGCAAAUCAAAGGCCCCCUUCUUCUGAAUUUAAAGUGGUGAAAGCUCAGCUUCAAGAACAGAAGCUUCUGCAGCGCCUUCUAGAGGACAGGAGGUCUAGCAUGGAGACCAUGAUGCAGGAGGGCCCACAUUUGUUAGAGCAACUUCAAGGAGAAGACAGGGAAAGUGCCAAACUCCAGCUCCCCCAUCUCAGAAACAAGUGGGAGGCUCUACUCCUGGGAGCUGAUAGGAGGAGAGAGAAUUUGGAGCUGGUUUUGCCCAGGGCUCAGCUCUUCCAGGAGAGUAUGGACAGUCUCCAGCAGUGGCUCAUAUCUGUGGAGCAGGAUCUAGCUGAGCUGCGCUCUGCAGAGAGAGCAAUGCUCCAUCUACAGGAAGCCACAGAUCAGGCCAAGGCAAUCAUGGAAGAAAUAAAAGCAAAAAAUGCUGACUUAGGAAAACUUCAACAGUACAGCCAUAACCUUAUGGAGAAAGUCGCAGAGGAGGAGGCCCAGCUGGUACAGGAGAGAUCAGACAGUCUGCGGAUUCGCUACUCAGUGCUGAGUUUAGGCAGUGCUGAUGCAAUACAGAGGCUGGAGCAGGCCCUGGAGGCCUCCAGCCGAUGCACCUCGAGCCAGGAGGACCUGCACCUGUGGCUGGGUCGCAUAGAGAGGGAACUGCUGGGACCAGCUCAGUGUGGAGAUGCAGUGCUUUGUACCUCUGAGAGACAGAGAUUGGAACAGGCAGUUGAGAAGGAGCUAGCCUGGUUUAGAGCUACAUCUCUGGAACUGGAAAAUAUCAAAGCAAUUCAACUGGACCCCGAGGUCAUCGCCAGCCAGUUGUAUGAACAGAAAAUACUUGCAGUUGAAAUUCUACAGCACAGGUUUAACAUAGAGAAGAUGGUAAAGAUUUCUGAGCUCUUACAGACGUACAGUGAGGCUGGGGACAUAGGAGGUCUCCAGACAAGCCUAGAUGUUCUGCAGGAGCAGUGUCAGAUAACCACUGGCACAAACUCCCAUGUGGUGCUGCAGCUGGAACACGCUCAGUCACUCCUGUCUCAGUUCUCAGAGGGAUAUUCUGAGGUGUUACCAUGGUUACAGGAAACCAAAGCCUUUACUGCCCAGCUCGCCUUGAGCACCAUCAGUUAUGAGGCUUUUAGAGAACAACAGGAGCUCUUACAGGAUCUAAGGGAGUCUAUAGCCGAGCAUAAGCCCCUGAUAGCCCGACUAGGGACAUUAGCCAAGCGUCUAUCAGACCUGAACCCAGAGCAGGCGCAGCAGUACUGCCAGAGAGCUGCUGAGGCAGAGGAGCAGCACCAGGCCGUGCGAGACAGAGUACGAGAGGCUGCAGGAGUCCUGGAGGAGUCUCUGCCCCGGUACACCCAGCUGAAUGAGAGGAUGACACUGAUAGAGGAAAGCCUGGCACGUCUGCACAGCCACAUGCAGACAGCAAUUAUCCUGCAAGGUCUGACUCCACGCAUCCAGGAACAGCUGCAUGACAACAAGCACAGUCUGGCUGAGCUCUCCAAGCUGGGAGUAAGCCUGAGCAGUGUCCGCUACCAGGCUGAGGAGCUCCUUUCCAGCACUCAAGCAGCUGGACGCAGCUUUAUUGGCACAGCCAUCCAGGCCCGGGUAGGAAGCCUGACAGGCCAGUGGGAUGAGGCCCAAAGGCAGGCUCGGGAGAGGGAGAAGUGGCUGCUCCACCUGCUGGAUCUAGCCAGGAGGUUCUGGAGUGAUAUAAGUGACAUGACAGCUGGGCUGAACGACGCCCAGCAGGCUGUGCUGGACCUCAACUCAAGCAGAUCAGACUCAGAAACCAUCCGUCAGAGCCUGGACACCAUGCAGACUCUGAGAGCGGAUAUAGAUGGACUACAGGGCGAACUGGACACACUUGGAGUUCUGGGAAUGGAACUGAUGUCAGCUUGUGGAGACACAGACAAGCCAGAGGUCACAAAAAGCUUGGAUGAGCUCUACUGCACAUGGAACAAUCUAAGUAAAAUAUGGACUGAGUGCCACAAUAAGCUGGAAGAAUCUCUACGGUUGGCCCUGCACUAUCAGGACACCAUGCAGGGACUGUUUGAGUGGCUCAAGUCUGCAGAGCUGAAAUCCACAGAAGAAUUCUUAGUAGGAUCUGACCUGGGAUCUGUCAAAGAGCAGUUGUGUGACUUGAAGGAGUUCAAGCGGGAGCUGUACCAGAAAAAGAUUGAGAUUGAGAGUCUGAACCAUCGCUUCGUGUGUCGUCUCUCUCCAGGCUCGGAGCGGCCCGGAUCCGUCUCACCACUGUGUGAUUUCCGUCAGCGCUGGGACAGCCUGGAGUCCGAGACAGUCAGCAGACAGCACCAGUUGGAGUGUGCAUUGCUGGGUCUGGGCCAGUUCCAGAACAAUCUCGAUGAACUGCAAGCCUGGCUCUCCCACACAGCUGACCUUCUACAGGUGUCUCGGCCAAUCAGCAUUGACCUUCAGACUUGUGAGAUAGAGUUGGCCAAGCACAAGGUGCUGCGUAAUGAUGUCAUGUCCCACGUGCACACAGUGGAGUCGCUAAACCAGGCUGGUAGGAUGUUGCUGGAGGCUGGGGGAGGAGACAGCCCACAUGGGCUGCAGCUGCGUCUUGAGCACCUGAACGAGCACUGGGAGUUUGUGCGCUGCGAGACGGAGCGCAGGCAGCUUGAGCUGGAGAAUAACCUGAGUCAGGUUCAGGAUGUAACCAUGGAGAUCCAGGACCUUCUCCAGUGGCUGGAGCACACAGACCUGAGACUUUCUUCCAGUAAGACCAUGUGGGGCAUGCCUGACUCCACCAGCGAGAGGCUCAAUGCUCAUCUGGAAUUGUGUAAUGAGAUGGACUCUAAGCUGCACGCCUACACCGAUGUGCGUAGUGCUGUUCACAGGAUGCUGGAACGGAGCAAUGUAGCCCAGGGCUCCAGCACCGAGCACAGCUUAUGCAUUCUGGAACAGAAGUGGGGCGCUGUCUACACAAAAAUGCAAGAUCGCAAGGUUAAGUUAACAGAAGGACUUGGUCUGGCUAAGGAGUUUAACAGUAACAUCCAAGAUCUGCUGACCAAAAUGGCAAAAUGUGAAGAGGCCAUAAAUUCCCUGGAUGCUCCCAGCUUCAUCCUUGACACCAUCAGCACCCAGCUUCAGGAACACAGGAUGUUGGUGAGUGAGGUCCAGUCAUAUGGGGAGAAGAAAUCAUUUGUGGAGAAUGCUGCCUCCCAGCUCUCUGAACUCAGUAGGAAGGAGGACUGUGACGUGGUGCAGAACCUAGUCAUAACUGUGCAAGACCGCUACAGGAAACUCUACCAGCACACCACUGAGAGGGGCAAAACCCUGGAAGAUGUAAAGAAACAAGUUAAACAGUUCAGUGAAUCAUGGCAUCUCUUAAUGGACUGGAUGUCUGAGGUGGAGCAGACACUGGACAUGCAUAAAGAGAUCACUGUGUCACAUGAAGAGAUCAAACAGCAGCUCAGUGAGCAGAAGGAAUUCCACAAACUCUUCCGUUCAAAGAGGCCUAUGUAUGAGGCCUGUUUGAAAAGUGGUCGCGCCCUCUUAGAAAAAGCUCAGAAUUCUAUGGACACUCAGCAUCUUGAGAACAUGGUUUCUGAGCUUAGAGACUCAUGGGAUACCAUCAGUGGGAAGUCUAUGGAGCGGCAACAUAAACUGGAGGAGGCCCUGCUGUUUUCAGGCAGGUUCACUGAUGCACUCCAAGCACUAAAUGACUGGCUGUACAGGGCAGAGCCACAGCUUGCUGAAGAUGUGCCUGUUGGUGGAGAAAAGGACCUGGUCAACAAUUUGAUUGACAAACACAAGGUGUUCCAGAAGGAGCUGGGGAAACGAGCCGGCUGCAUCCGCACGCUGAAGCGCUCUGUCAGGGAUCUAACCCGUGGCAGCACCGCUGAUGCCCACUGGCUGCAGGAGCAGAUGGAGGAGCUGGAGGGGCGCUGGGAGAAUGUGUGCAAACUCUCCGUGUCCAAACAGGCCAGACUGGAAGCAGCACUACAGCAGGCAGAGGAGUUUGAUGGAAUGGUUCACUCAUUCCUUGAUCAUCUUGUGGAUGUUGAGAGGACUUUGAAAUAUGGAACUCUGCUGGAGGAAGAGGAGCCCCUUCUGGAAUUCCACACACAGCACCAGGCGUUGAUGAAGACUUUGAGCAGUCAGCAGGAGGUGCUUGUGUGCAUACAGUCAUUGGGGGAAGAGAUUCUCUCCUCUUGCCAUCCCGAUUCUGUUAUCACCGUAAAGUCUUGGAUCAGUGUCACAAAGACUCGCUAUGAGGAGGUGCAGACAUGGGUGCAUCAGCAAGCCGAACGCAUCCAGGCCUCCCUCUCUGCUCUGGAGGCUGAGAGGAAGGAGCAGCAGUGCCUCCUGGACUGGAUCUCCUCUGCUGAGGAAUCUCUGAACCUCAGGGAGCAGGAAGCUCUGCCUGAUAACAUGGAGCAGACAGCAGAGCUCAUUGCCCAGCACACAAUUUUCAUGGAUGAGCUGAAGAGAAAAGUGCCAGAGAUUGAAAGUGCCACAAAAGCCUGCAAACACAAGCUGACUCCUAAGCAACAAGUGUCUCCAAUCCACAAGACCCCAACUAAAAGGAGAGGCCUGCUGAAGCCUCAAGCCCCAGUCCCUCUGCCCCUGGAGAAGCUGGAGCCUCACACCCCUCAGCUGAGUCAGCUGAUCAGCCAGUGGCAGAAACUGUGGCUCCUUGCCCACUGCAGACAGAACAGAUUGGAUGAGCACCAGCAACGACUCAGAGAGUUGGAGGAGUUUGCCAAUUUUGACUUCAACAUCUGGCGCAAGAGGUACAUGCAGUGGAUAAGUCACCUCAAAUCUCGGAUUUUAGAUGUUUUUCGUAGUAUUGAUCGAGAUCAGGAUGGUCGAAUCACCCAAAAGGAGUUCAUCGACAAUGUUUUGGCUUCCAAAUUCCCAACUAAUUCCCUGGAAAUGACAGCUGUUGCAAACAUCUUUGAUGUAAAUGGUGAUGGGUUCAUUGACUACUAUGAGUUUGUGAGCGCACUUCACCCAAGCCGCGACCCCUACAGAACAAUAGAUAUAGACCAAAUCAAUGAAGAGGUGAGUCGACAAGUUUCCCAAUGCAACUGCCCAAAGAGGUUUCAGGUGGAGCAGAUUAGUGCUAACCGUUACAGGUUUGGAGACUCUCAGCAGUUACGAAUGGUGCGUAUUUUGCGGAGCACACUCAUGGUACGUGUUGGUGGGGGAUGGACAGCCCUGGAUGAAUUUCUGGUCAAGAAUGACCCUUGCAGAGUGAAGGGUCGAACAAACCUAAAGAUAAAGGAGAAGUAUCUGUUGCCGGAGUCAUUCAAAGCAUCUGGUCGCAGAGGGAGCACUAGGGCUCUAGCAGUGAGCCGGUCCAACUCCAGUGUGAGCUUAUACAGCAGCGCCUCUGCUCCCAGCAGCCCUUUAAGUCGCAAGGCUCUAUUACGCAGAAGUUUCUCUGGGGAGCGGUGCAUUCGACCUAGGAGCUCAAUAGCUGCAUUAGGGACAGAGCAGUUCUCUUUGGAUGGGGAUGAUAACUCUCCCUCACCCACAGAGAUAGCAGAGAGGCCUCCCACAUGACCCUGCCCUCAGCUCCCACUGUGUGAAAGCAACAGGACUUGGGUUCCCAAUUACACUGAGACCAAGAAAGAGGAACAAGCUAUACUGAGGCAGCUGGCCUCAGCGGUCACACACCCCGGACAAGACUGUUCCUCACACACCCAUCCGUGCUACUCCACAUCGUGCUAUUCCACCACCUGUGUGGUUCAUGUGGAGGUAGAGGUGUAGUGAGAAUUCUAUCCUCUUGAGUUCAAAGUUAGGUAACAAUAGUUCCUAUCAUAAAAAACGCUGUAUUUAUUUUUAAAAUAUUUUUGGCAAAUUGUACUCAGUAUUCCCUAUGCUGUGUGUUAUGAGAGACUUGAAGUGCUGGAAAUCUCUGCAUGGAUAUUAACUGCAUGAUACCUCUGGCCUCCCAAAUACAUGAGCUUAUAUAGCCUAUUAGUUUACUGUCUGUACUGAGGUCAUACCUUUCUUCAUGAGCUGGGUGUGAGAUUUAAAAUAUGGACAACACAAGAUGCUGAUGCCAUUCUUUUGGUAUUAUCACUUACUCUGUUCUUACACUCAGACAUACAUAAAUGCAUAUGCACACUAGUGUUCUGAUUCAUGCAGACAGUGAUGCAAACCAAAACAAACAGACCUCAUUUAACUGCCUUAAGGCUUAGACUAAUGUCUUCUGUAUUAUGAUUUGUAUGGUCCUGUAAAUCACUCAUAAGGUUCUUUUAUACUGGUCUUUGUAAUUGUGGUUGUAGCCUCUCCUCAGGUGUGGUGAGUUAUUUAGGACAUUAUCCAGAAUUAGAAUUUACAGGUUAAAGUUCACUGAUACAAAUACAUAUUUGAAUUUCAAUUAUGGCAUUUGUCUCGUAGACAUAAAAGCAUAUUUUCUGCAAUCAAAUGUAUAACAGUUUUAGCUUAUGGUCUUCAUCAAAGCUGCAAUGGGUUUAGUGUAUGUUAAGGUCUUUUUAGUGUAAUUAUUUUUCAACUUGUACUCACUGAUAGGUUUAAAAAACAAGUUGAGUGUAUCUGUAAGUGUCCCCCUAAGAGGAUAUGAAAGUGUAGGUCUCCAUGAGAUUAGCAUGUUAUGAAUUGCCCCAUAUUCUGUGCCAGUCCUCAUACCAUUUUUGAGCCAAGAGAAACCACAUGCAUUUGAUUUGCUUUUGCAGCAUGUCUUGCUCAGGGCAGAGUCUGUGUAUCAAUACGUUUUCUGCCUUAAAUACACGUGUGGAUGUCGAUAUAUGGCACUACCAAAUCAAGGUGCUGAUUGUAGCAUUUGGUUCAUGUCACAUGUCACAUAUGCUGUUAGAGUGAGUUUUGAAUGCUCAAGACAUUAAAAACAUUUAAUAUAUGGUACACUUGUGACUGUAGUCCACUAUGGAGUUACUGAAGGGUGUAAAAUAAUAAUGCAAAAUUCAUGCAUACAUAAAACCAUUUUUCUACUGCUCUACUGCUGUACCUUCACCCAUGCUGUCUGUUAUGAUUGCUGGAUUCUGUAAAACUUUGGAAAGAGUUUUUCCUGGCUAUGCACCGUUCUGGUCAAACAAAGAAUUGCAUGUAUUCAUCACAGGUUACUUUAAAUCAUUGUAGAGGAA